AUGGCCGUGGCCGGGUGCUUGUGCUCUCUCCUCGGAACACAAGCAUCAAGCGACCAUCGCUUAGCAGACGCAGCGUCGAGCUCUUGCACCAGCCUCUUUGGAAGGGAUCCAUUGGCAGCGCCCUGUCGGCUUUCCGGCGCCAUGGACGAGGGACCGCCACCACCCGAAGACGUGGUUGCCCCUCACGCAGGGCCUCCACUCAAACACCCAAGAGCUGACUCGGACGAUUCCGCGUCCAUUGAGUCCAUUCGCUGCGAUAGUCGCUCUGUUCGCACACUUGCCUCUGACGACCUCGACUAUGUCCAUGAAAAUGGCCGCACAUACGCCAAUGAGUCGUAUUAUCUGCCCUGCGUCUACAAGCCCAACAACGAUUUUGUGGAGCAGGAUCGCUUAUCCUUGCAACACGAGAUAUUCGUGCGCGCUCUCAAGGGAAAGUUGACAACCACAAAACUGCUACCCUCUACGCGUAGAAUCCUCGAUCUUGGCACGGGACCAGGCCACUGGGCCGUGUCCAUGGCACAGCAAUAUCCCCGUGCAGAAGUCGUUGGACUAGACAUUACCGAAUGGGACAUUGAAACCACCGAAGCCACGCUAGGCGAAUCUGGAGUCACUUGGGAACUCGAUGAUCUCGACGUUUGGGGGCGAGAAAUCGACGUCGACGAUCUGAUUGCCAAACUUGCCGAGCUCGACUUGGCAACCAACAUGAUUCACCGCGAUCCAAUCGAGUCUCCGAGAAAAAUGCACCACGACACUGGAUUAAGCGAUGCCACAAGUCCGUCAAAUCUAUCCCAAGAAUCCCUCACAAUAGACUUGACUUCCUUGACUCCUCAAUUGGAACCGGGUUGGCACUUCAGCGAUAAAUUCGAGCUGAUCCACCUGCGAAAUAUGAAAGGAACUUUUACCCGCUGGGAAGGCGUCUACGAAGAGAUAUACAAGAGUCUCUCGCCUGGUGGAUGGGUCGAGUUGGCAGACUGGGACUUGGGCCAAGUACCCCUUGGCCCCAGCGACAAGAUUGCAAUGCCCACCUUGCGCAAGUUGUACGUCGCUUUUAUGGAAGCAUCUUUCCGAUCUGGACGGCCCCUGGGUCUUUUCUACAUGCAUCACAGUUAUCUUGAAGAAGCGGGAUUCGUGGAUAUACAAACAACUCAUGUCAAUGUGCCCGUAGGGCAGUGGGCAGAAGACGAGGCACAGAAAUCCCUAGGCAAGAUGAUGUUUGUACUUGGCAUGGAAAUUUUCGAGCCUGUUUGCUUGCGUCUCCUGACACGGUGGGGCAGUAAGAACAAAGUGUGGACUGAAGAUGAGUUGAGGGCGGAUGUGCGGUUGGCACAGCAGGAGAUUAAAGAUUAUGUUGAGCGUUCAGAGCGCGGCGAGGUAGAAGGCUGGUGUGCGAGUUUCAAGUGGAUUACUGCGAGAAAGAGUUGGCAUGCUGAUAGGUGAGAGUUGCUGUUGGUAUCUUGGAUAAAUGGGAGGAAACUUUUUCUUAUGCAUCAUUGGGCAACGCGCGGGCGGCAUUAGUCGAGUUUAUUUUCGUUGGCUUGCAUGUGUGUCACUGAGCCGGAAGGUGGAGCCGUAGCAUAGACAUAUAACGAUGACGACUAGCCAUAUCAUCUACCCUUAUUGCAUU